CGGUUGUUAGGUACAACAUUGCAAACUAGGUAAGUCUGGGCAGGUCGUCCUUCGAGGUUAUUUGAAGUUCAUUUUUGGGCGCUAAUUUGACUGUCACUUUUUUAACGUUCAAAUUCAUUAACGUUAGUCACUUAUUACAUGAUAUGUCAUCUGGAUCAAAUUCCAUCAUGAACAACGUGCGUCUACUAAGAAACUUGAACAGAAACGCAGUGAGAACAGUAACUACGAGAUGUCCAAUCAAAGUUGUACAAUUAUAUAGGUGUCAAAAUUCCAUACAUUGGCGCUCGGGUAAACGUCCGUAUAUAAAAAAUGUUGGCUAUCGUUUUUAUGCCACAGAUUUCCCUAGUCAUGUUAAAGUUUCAUUGCCAGCUCUGUCUCCAACAAUGGAAAGUGGCACUUUAAUAAGCUGGGCAAAAAAAGAAGGAGAAAAAUUGAAUGAAGGAGAUAAACUAGCUGAAAUUGAAACAGAUAAAGCUAUAAUGGAUUUUGAAACUCCUGAGGAAGGAUAUCUAGCUAAGAUUCUUGUAAAUGCUGGUCAAAAAGAUGUUACUGUUGGAAAGCUUGUAUGUAUUAUAGUAGAAAACGAAUCAGAUGUUGCUGCUUUUAAAGAUUAUGUUGAUGAUACACCAGCAAGUGCACCAGCUCCAGCACCACCAUCACCAAAGCCAGUUGCUACUGCAACUGCUCCGCCUCCUCCUAAACCUGCAGCCACAACAGCUGCAACAAUACCCAAAUCAGUACCAAUCAAAAUAGGUUCUCGUAUACUCGCUAGUCCUUUAGCCAAACGUUUGGCAGCCGAAAAAGGGUUGGAUUUAAGUUCAAUCACCCAAGGUUCUGGUUUAUUUGGUUCAAUUAAAUCAAUCGACUUAAAUAAAGCUGCAGCAAGUGGUCAGAAAACAGCUGUUAUUGUAGGAACUCGAGGUGAUGGAUUCACUGAUAAGCCAGUGACAAAUGUUAGAAAGAUCAUUGCUCAACGUCUGCUUGAAUCCAAACAAAAUAUACCUCAUUAUUAUCUCACUGUUGAUUUGAGUCUGGAUGAUAUUGUGUCAUUAAGAAAACGUAUGAAUGAGCUUUUGGAAAAAGAAGGAGUUAAAUUAUCCAUCAAUGAUUUCAUAAUUAAAGCUUCGGCUUUAGCUUGUAAAAAAGUUCCAGAAGCCAAUUCUUCCUGGAUGGAUAGUUUCAUUCGACAAUAUGAUGCGGUUGAUGUAAGUGUAGCUGUAAGUACUGAGACUGGACUUAUCACACCAAUUGUAUUUAAUGCUGAUACUAAAGGAUUAGUAGCAAUAAGCACUGAUGUUAAAGAACUUGCUGCUAAAGCUAGAGAAGGAAAAUUACAGCCUCAUGAAUAUCAAGGAGGUACAUUUAGUGUUUCGAAUUUGGGAAUGUUUGGUGUAAAAAGCGUAUCAUCUAUAAUAAAUCCACCUCAAUCAUGCAUACUCGGUAUUGGUUCUAUGAAUCAACGAUUAGUACCUGAUAAAACAAAUGGAACCCGUGCGCAAAAUACAUUACAAGUUACAUUGAGUUGUGAUCAUAGAGUUGUUGAUGGUGCUGUAGGAGCUCAAUGGUUACAAGCAUUUAGACGAUAUAUAGAAGAACCGCAUAAUAUGUUACUAUAAUACUGACUCUUUUCUCUUGGAGCAAUUCAGUCAUAAAAUGCUUUCCGUAAUAUUAUUUUGUUUUUUUUUUUUUUGUUAUUUAUUAUUAAUAGUUUAAUUGUUAAACUGAUCAGUAUACUUUAAA